AUGAAGGAUUUUCCCAAUGUCUCUGCUUACUGUCAGCGUUUUAAGAUGUUUUCUGAUCAGUUGAGAAAUGUCGACUCCUUUGUCAACAAUCAUCGUCUGAUCCUUCAGCUGAUCUCUGAUCUCCUAGAAGCUUACAGUAGUGUUGUUACUUUGAUUCUCCAGAGCAACCCUCUUCCGACAUUCUAUCAGGCUCGUUCCAUGCUCACUUUGGAAGAAGCCGGUAUGGCUAAGAUGGAAAACACAGGCUCUCAUGCUGCUAUGCGCACCACUCAGCUGAAACCUACUGAAUACACCUCUCAGCGUGGCAACUACCGCCCCGACAACCGUUCUCUCUCCCGUGGCAACCAGGGUCGCGGAGGGGGAAAUGGUAACCGCAGUUCACCUUAG